GCGGCAAAACGCAUCAAACUUCCGCCACAGGCAGGAAGAGCACGGAUCCUUAUGUGCUUACUCCCAGUACUCGAAAUAUAUAUUUAUUGUAAAUAUGGUGAGCUCUUGCUGUGCAGUCGGUUGCACUAACCGACAGACAAAAGAUUCUCUUAAGUCUUUUCAUCUGAUACCUUCUAAUCCCAAUCGGAGGGCUUUGUGGCUAAGAGCCAUAAACAGGGCUGGCCCUGGAAAACAACCAUGGGUACCAUCACAGCGUGAAACAAUAUGUUCAGACCAUUUUCAGCCUGAAGACUUUACAUAUUCCCGUCAUGGUACCUUAAAGUUAUUGAAAGAGUCUGCUGUGCCAUCAGUCUUUUCGUGGAAGAUACCUUCAAAGAAUGUCAAAAAACGGCCUCCACCAAGGCAGAGAGUUGACCAGCAAGUUGAUUCCUGCAACAACUCAGAUGAUACAGAAGACACCUUUGACAAGACUAAAGAAGUUCAUGUAGCAUCACCGGUACCUGCCCAGAUUCAGCUAGACCAUGUCUAUCAUGUGACACAAAGCCCUAAGAUGCUAAAGCAAAGACUAGAUCAUGCUAUAGAACAUAUGCAGACCUUGAGGAAGCAAGUGAUAUUUGAACAAAGAAAAGGCUCAGUUCUGAGUAAACAAGUUGAUUUAUUAAACGCUGUUAUAGGAAAAUUGAAAGAAAAAAGUCUUCUCACUAAUAAAGGUGGAGACAACCUUCAUUCAUCGAGAAAGUCACAGUGUUCAUCAAAUGUAGAAGAGUUGCUACAGUCUCAAGAAACCUGCAACAGUUGCAAUGGUCCUCUUCUGAAAAUCUGUCAACAUUGCAGUAGACUCACUCAUCUUGAGGAAGUCCUUCACAGUAAUUCUCAAGAAAAUAGCGGUUUACCUUUUUGUAAGCCACAGGAUACAAUGUCUUCUCCAGCAACAGCAUCAGAAGAUUGUGGCCUUGAAGAGGACUUGAACUGUGGCAACCAGCCAGCCAAUCUAUACCUUCAAGACCAGACUGAAAGGGAAGCAGAUACAGAAAUGAACACUUUUUUGGUGGAUAAAUUUUGUUGCAGCAUCCCAGGGUAUAUGUCUGGGACUGGAGAACCCUUUAUGGAAAGUGAACAGAUUGAUGGAGAAGUACAGAACGAGCUGUGGACAACCACUUCUAGCUGUAAUCCUAGGGAGUCCUAUAAACAUCUGGAACCCUGCGUGAAUCAGGAGGAAGCCUCAAGUUUAAAGAUGCCUCUUUUGGAAGAUGCCCCACAGUUGAAUGACUAUGCAAAUGAAAAGACAAGACAGAAUCCUCCCAAAGAUGGUAUGAAAGACCAGAAAAAAUUGUUUGCAUGUCCAGACUGCAGGGCAGUAUUUUCUCGGUCUAAUGGCUUGAGGUGCCAUCUAAAUUCUGGUCACAAACAGUCAUCUUGUAAGGAAUGUGGAGCCACUUUUCCACGGUCUGCAUGUUUGAAAUCACAUGUAAGAACUCAUUAUGGAAAUUCUUUUAUUUGUGCAAAAUGUAAUGUUGCUUUCUCAUCUUACUCGAACCUGUAUAAUCAUCGUUCUUACUGUGGUAAGGAAGAAAUCUACAGAUGCAUGGAGUGCGAAAAGACCUUUAGAAGGCUUCGCAGCCUGUUAAGGCAUGCAGUGUUGCAUAGUAGGAACACAUCUCAUAAGUGCAAGAUUUGUGAGCUGAGAUUUAGCACUCGUGAUAAACUGGUAAAGCAUAUGGAUAUGCAUGCUAGCAGUAGCAUGACACUAAAUUGCAGAUAUUGUAAGAAAACAUUUAAUUCCAUGUUUUCUUUAGGCAUGCACAGGAAGGAGCACCAUUACCGCAAAAAAUGCUUUUGUAAGGACUGUGAUGUAACAUUUAACUGUGCCUUACAAUUUAGGCAUCAUAUGAAUCAAAAACACUUGGUUGACAUGCCAUUUCUGUGUUGUGAAUGUGGGAAAGGGUUUUUCAGCAUCGAUUUUUAUAGAGCACACGUGAAGACACAACACACAGAAACUUUUCUUUGUCAUGAGUGUGGCAGAGCAUUCCGAAAUAAGAUAAAUCUUGUCAUUCACAUGAAGACACACAGCGAUGAAAGACCUUAUGUUUGUAGUGAGUGUGGGAAAGGAUUUAAGCUAAAGAUAAGUCUGAUAGUACAUACAAGGAUACAUACUGGUGACAGACCAUAUAAAUGUGAAAUUUGUGGUGCUGCUUUUGUUCAGCUGCAGCAUCUCAAAGUCCACAGACGCACACAUACAGGUGAAAAACCAUACAUGUGUGAAGAUUGUGGGUGGUUGUUUGCAAAUGCUUCUAAUUAUAGAAGUCAUAAAAUAAGCAAGCACAGCUUUGAAAAACCAUUUUGCCCAAUGUGCAAGUUAAGUUUCUCAAGUCUGGCAAGCUACAGAAAGCAUAGAAGGCUAAAAGAAUGUAAACUUUUUCAAGAUGUUGAGGCAUCAACCUAUUGUCUGCUACUUCCGGUAGCCCCUGACUACUCUGCCCCUGCGCUUGGGUAUCUGUUCGAACUGGUUAGGCUCGAUUGCACAAAUGAAGGCAUCAGGGCAGUUAAACUAACACGACGAAUUCAAAUUAAAAUUUACUCAAUGGCUCUCUAUGUUGGUUGCCAGUUUUCUAGUUUCGAGGAGUUGGAAGUGGCCGUAAAGCGGUACCAAGAACAAACCGGAACGCAACUGUAUAAAAGGGACUCUAGAACCGUGGAGGCUGCUAGCAAGCGAAACACAAGAAAAAACUACAAAGAAGAAAUAAGAUAUUCCGAAAUAAAUUACUUUUGUGUUCACGGGGGAAAGUUAUAUCGAUCUGAAGAGGAAAUAAGCAAACACAGAUGUCCUGUUAAGCUAAAAGUACGAGCAACAAAGGAUGGCCAGAAACUUACUGUGAAAGAGCUUUUUGAAACACAUAAUCAUGACCGUAAUGAACCAGUUCGCAGACAUCAUAUCUACAGCAGAUGGAGCUAUAACAGACUUUUGACUUCCCCAAAGUCUGGCUCAUGCAUAGGCUUUUCUUCGGUUGCAUUAUCAGGCAAGACUUCUCAGUUACUAUAUCAGUCCUCAGAUAAACAUGUUUAUAGAGGAAAAGCUCACCAGGAUGAGAGAAACAAGAAUGGACUGCCAGAUGUGGAUGAACAUGUGAAUGUUGUGCAAAGAGGACUUGAUGCUGGCAGCCAUGACAGUUUAGAUGUGAAAAAUGUGAUGUCAUUGACUCACAAGAAUUUGCCAAUAAGGCUUUGCACAGAGGAGAAAACCGUACAAAAUGUUUCAGAAGAUAUGGGCUGUAUCACUCAGAAAAAAAAGAGUACAGUGAACUUGCUGAAAGAAGGAGAAAAGACAGCUGAGAAGGUGCCAUGCUUUGAAUAUAUGACCCAAACUAUGUUAUCAACCAGCAAGAUGAAAUGUAAUGAUGCAAUUAAACUUGAGAUUAGGAAUCUCGUUAUUCAUGAUCAGCCCAGACUUAAAGAGCAAAGUCAGUUUAAACAACAUGAUAACAGACAGGAAAAAAAUGCAAGAAAAGCCAUAAUAAAAAAGAUACAAAUGUGUAGGUUUCGAAAGAAAAGGAAUAGAACAAGAAAAUGUUAUCAGCUGACCUUUGACUUAACUGUGUAUGAAAGCUGGCGCCAAAUUGGAACCGCACACGGCCUUGCAUCAGAUUCUCAGAUUGCCAGAUUCCUUAUUCAACAUUUCCACAGUAGUUGGCACAAUCGAGAGACAUCUUCAUCUGUUUGUGCUACUUGCAAAGCUCCACUAUCACUUUCCUGCUCUAAGUGCCUUGUGUUACCAAUCCCAACUUCUGACCAGCCUCUUCAGAUGCAGUCCUGCUCAACAGAGAAACAGACUGAAACACUUAUGGAGUCCCUGCACUUAAAAAACCAACUAUCUCCCUUAGCAACAGAGAAUGGGAAAGCUUACAGAAACAAUGAACAAGAUCAACCAGUGUCAUUGGUCAUGAACAGGGAUAUGGAAUAUGUCCAGGACUCAAUGGAUCUUCCUGUUCACUUUGAAGACAUUUCUUCCAAUUCCCCAGAAAUUCUAGAUGAGUCCAGGCAGAAAGACCAAGUGACAAGUCAACGUAUUAAAAAGCUCUAUUCAUGCAACAUGUGCAAUUCUGUGUUCACCCAGCUGGGAAGCCUUAAAAGACAUAAGAGAAUUCAUACAGGGGAGAGACCAUUUGUGUGCAAACUCUGUGGAGGAAAGUUUAUUGAGCAAGGCACACUGAACAAGCAUAUGCAGACACAUUCACAUCAAAAACCCUUCAUGUGCCAAAUGUGUGGUGUGUCAUUCACUCAAUCUGGAAGCCUCAAGAGGCACAUGAGACUGCACACUGGUGAAAAACCUUAUGUGUGCACAGAGUGUACGGCAACCUUUGUGGAGAAAGGCUCUCUGAACAAGCACAUGAGGACUCAUUCCAGUGAAAAGCCAUACCUGUGUCAAGAGUGUGGAGCAGCAUUCACUCAAUCUGGUAGCAUGAAGAGACACAUGAUGAUCCACACUGGCAUUAAACCUUACACAUGCGCUGACUGUGGAGCUGCAUUUUUAGAGAAAGCAACCUUAAAAAUCCACAUGCGCAGGCACACUGGUGAGAAACCAUACAUAUGCCAUGACUGUGGUGCAGCAUUCUCCCAGCGCAGCAAUCUAAAGUUUCACAAGCGCAAGCAUGUACCUGGUGAUUCAGAACAUGUAGAGACCAGUGGUGAAUGGCACAGUGAAAUUGAUGAAAAUUCAACACUUGCGAAUGGUUUAAGCAUGCAGAACUCGGAACAAGAUGCUGAUGGUGUGGAUACUGUUAUAAACCUGGUAGGCAUGACUAACAAUUUUCAUGUUCUCUAUAUCACUUUCAUGAAAAGCGAAUCUGUAGCAAGUGCCACAACUUCCGGUUGUUGGUCUGGACAGAAGCGUCUGUAUACACUGCUAUCAAGUCUUUGUUGUGGUGUAGGGAAAGCGAAUGCAUCUGUUACUUUGAACUGCAGAUAUACCAUCUUUUGCAACAUGGAUGUAGAGAACACAGUGGCAAACAAAUUACACCUGAAUUCCCUACUGACUGAACUUGCUGAUACACAGCAGCCAGUCCUGAGAAAUGACAUGCUUAAGAAUAAUAUGGAGAGGCACUCUGAGUACAGAAAGUCACACAAAUGUCAAAAAGAGGAAGAUUUUGAUGAUGAUCUUGAAGUACAGUUUGGCCAACCACAAACAUCUGCUGCACUUUCCCAUGCAUUAAGUGAAGAAAAUGAUGAUGCUAAAAGUACAGAGCAACGAGUAGCUAGACUUCAGAGAUACAGGCAAGGAGUGUGGGAAUUGAAUUUUGACUUGAAAGCAUUUGAGCGGUGGCGCAAAGUGGGUCUUUCUCUUGGACUUAAUAGUGAUACAGAGAUUGCAAGCUUCCUACUGCAACACUAUGAAAAUACCAAGGAAGAAUCGCUGCCUUCACAGCCAUUUUCAUCUUUCUGUACAAACUGCAAUGCACCCCUUACUAUGUGCUGUACUACAUGUCAACUGACAUCCUCCACUACAGACCUCACCAUUUCCCAGAAUGAAAUUGAGUCUGAAAAAGAUUCUAUUAUAGCUCGUGCACCAAGCAUGCUAACUUCCAGCGAAGACAUGCUCGCCAAUCUUCAGGCUUACCUUGGCCAGUCCACCGUUUCCAGGAUCCGCAAAGCAAUCAUGUCUGCCAAAAGCCAGCCAGUAUCCUGCUCUGUGUGCAACAUGGCAUUCACAAGAGCCAGCAGUCUAAAUGUGCACAUGCGCAAGCACACAGGAGAAAAACCUUACAUCUGCCAAGAGUGUGGGGCUGCUUUCACUCAUGCCAGCAGUCUUAGUGUGCACAAGCGAACACACACAGGUGAAAAACCAUUUAUAUGCGAGGAAUGUGGAGCAGCAUUUGCAGUAGCUUCUGUUCUCAAACAGCACAAACGCAAGCAUACUGGUGAGAAACCAUACAAGUGCAAACUAUGUGAUGCUGCAUUCACACAGUCCACCAAGUUGACGAUUCACAUGCGUAAACACACAGGAGACAGACCUUAUCAGUGUGAACAGUGUGGGGCAUCCUUUACCCAUUCCAACAGGUUGAAAAUCCAUCUUCGCACACACAAUGGUAUUAAACCCUACAAAUGUGUAGACUGUGGAAAAUCAUUUUCGCAGUCAGCCCAUUUGACUGUGCACAUGAGAAUACACACUGGUGACAAACCGUUCAAGUGUGUGGAGUGUGGUGCAGCCUUUUUGGAUUCUACUCACUUGAGGCGACAUGAACGAACUCAUACUGGUGAAAAACCUCACAAGUGUGUUGAGUGUGGAGCAGCGUAUUCUACUGCAUUUGGUCUUAGACGGCAUGAAUGGUCACACACAGACCAUGAAAAGCCAUACAAGUGUGGCCGGUGUCAAAAAACUUUCACUACUGCCUUUUGCUUGAAACGUCAUGAAGAAAAAAAAGGAAGAUGCAAAUAUAGGCCACCUUUUUCAUCCCAUGCCCGUUUCGAUACCUGACUGAAAGUACAUGAGAAUAAAUGAAUGUAGAGAAAGAGAAGUAUAAAUGUGUAUAAAGUUGGUAGAUUACAUGGAACCGUCUGGAUUAGGGAUUAGUUAUGUGCAUAGCCAGCAGUUGUUUCAAUGAAUUUGUUUUCAGGUCCUUUUAUAACACUGAAAUUUUAUAAGAUUAUGCAAGUAGCAUUAUCUAGGACAGGCAUGUCAAACACACAGCCCACUGCAACCCGCACAAAGAACACUGUACAUGUGUGCAGCUCUCAUGACAAGACCCAUGUAAAUGUAAUUGGAGAGUGAUGUCCCCUAACCUAACUGGCUUGAAGGUGACUCCUCUCCUUCACUUUUUCAUAUUUGUCCAUUGAUCUGCGUGCAGUUUUGUGUCUAAUGUUCAUCAGUUCAUCUGUUAUGAUAUUUGCUAUGUUUCUGGAUGGAUUUUUGUGUCUGCGCCACGUAUCAUCUUUGCCUGUGCCAUUUUAUUUCUGCUGUCACAUCUGUGCCAUCUUGCCAUUACUUAGAUUUGAGAUCUGUGUAUCGGUAUUGUCGACUUCAAACCUUGAUUGCCUUCCUCCAGCUGCUUCACAAUAUCGAGCUAUCACAGCAAGCUUUGCAUGGAGUACAGACCAGUCUGCAAUGAUUGACAUCAUGCAUCGCCAGGAAACUCAGUGAAAUAUGCCACUCAGACUAAUCUGACUGAUCCUGAUAGAGGCCAACUUGUUUUUGAGACCUUUGACCUGACUGCUGUACUAAUGUCUUUCUUAAGAAUAGUAGAUGGUAGAGUUUAUAGAUUCAAGAGUAACAAGAGCCUAAAGAGAGACAAAAGUCAUGUCAGGCAGAAAACAAGAUGACAGUCACUCUUAACAUCAGUGAGUCAUCAUCAUCAGAAGUGGUCAUCAUGCUGUUUGACAGUGCAGCAUGUGUCUAUCAGCUAUAGACUGUGAUAGGCGAAGGUCACAAAUAUACAGUGAUUUUACAACUAUUUUUGAGACCAGCAUCCAUUUUUAUUAUGUUUGUGUUUUUCUUUUUAGUAAAGCGCUUUGAGCCCUCCUUAAAUGGUGGGAAAAAGCACAAUACAAAUGAACACAUUAUUUAUUAAUCCAGGCUCCCCUCAGGGGACCCUUAGUUUGACAUGCCUGAUCUAGUAUGUAUCUUGAGCAACAGCUUUGAGAAUACAGCUUUUUGAGCUGAAGAAUGCAAAUUGAUACAUGUACUUACAAAAUUUAUAUCAGUGUUACUUUUGUAUUAAAUGGUUUAUAGUCGAUAGACUUAUGAAGUAAAACAUUUUUCUUUUCUUUUCUUUUUUUUUUAUAAAAGAAUAAAAAAAUGAUACAUUUUGUUUUGAAAGAAGGAAACAUAGCAGUGAAGAUCUUUUACUUCCUUAUCAAUUUUGUGAGCUGCAAGUAAAUGAGACAUGCCAAA